GGUACGGUGCUAGAAUUUGCUUCAACGUCCUGGAGACGACAUGUCGAGACAGGCGCGAGUUGCAUGAGUACUUUGUAGACAUCAGGCGGCAUGCUCGAUUGUAAAUCCAUCAUCGUGCCGAGACUCCCACCUGGUUGCAAUCCCAUUGGGCCCUCACCAAACUGUCGAGUUGAUUCUUCGUCUGUCCUCACUAUCAACCUCGCGUUCAUCAUCGCCCCCUCACUUACUUCUCCUAGUCCCUCGCCCCCAUCCUCUUCUCCGCCAACACACCCUCGGUUAGGCUGGGAAAGGAUUAGCCAGACUGGAGAGGGGCUGAAAAGGAAGCCCCGCGAGUUCGGUGAUCCUCCGGCUGCAUUUCGCCUCAUAGUAGGUCAUUGCCACUGGUUGACAAACACGAAACGUGCCGUGGCCGAAGUCGAGGGGCAUGAUGAGAAAUUGUAAGAUCUUGUGAAGAGGUGACUGGUGAGCUGCCUCAUGCAUCAAAGUUUCUUUUUUUCUUCUUCUGAUCAAGUGUCUGCUUUGCUUUGCAAUUGUAGCUGAGCGGAGUGGUUCUGACGCCGAUGAGAGGCGGCGACGGUCAGUUGGUGGAAAGAUGGGAAGGUUUGCAUCGCAAAUGUUGUCGUGGCUUGAUGGGAUCAAUUUUGCCAUAAUGACCCAAGGAAAACCAGGCCGUCCACCCAGUCAUCUCUC